AUGUCCACCCUCCAGGGCUAUGUUGACCGUCGUGUCCUCCUCGUGCUCCAAGAUGGACGCGCAAUCGUGGGCGUGCUGGCAGGAUUUGAUCAAAAAUCAAACAUCGUGCUAGCAGACUCCAAGGAGCGUGUCUACAGUGCCGAUGAGGGUGUGGAGGAGAUUCCUCUCGGUCUAUAUCUCGUCAAAGGAGAGAUGAUAUGCCUCGUGGGCGAAAUUGACGAAGAAAUCGACAAAUCAGUCGAUUUGGCAUCGAUACGCGCAGACCCUAUCCCACCUAUUCGCUAUGGUUGA